AUGGAUAUUGAAAGAGUCGUUAAAAGGCGGUAUUUACGCCUACAGUUGUUACAUCACAUUGGUAUUAAUUCGAUCUAUUCAAAUGUGUUAAAAAACGAUCGUCAUGUUAAAGUCAACCAUUUACUCAAUUCUUCAGAAUGUACAAAAGAUAUUUGUAGUUCCUCGUCUCUGAAUCGAUGGUACUUACGUUAUUUACGUGCACCUCGUGUUCUUACCCCACCUAAAAAUCCAUUUCUUUAUGACAAAGAUUGGGAAAAUGAACCAUACAAGCCAAAAGCUAAAAAUGAAUAUCUUCUACCUCUCAAGUGUUCAAAAGAUUUUCAAAGUUUAGAUGAACGCUGCAAAAACUUGUUUACUUAUAGUUUUGUUUAUAAAAGACAAGAAUUUGAAGAAAAUGUUGCCGAAAUGUUAGAAAAAUUAGGUUUUCAACCUACAGAUGAUUCAUUAGCUGCAAAAAUUGUUCGAAUGACAUUAGAAUUACGUUACAAAAAGUGGCGUUUAAAAGAACAUCCACGUUGUAUCACGUUAAAACUUGCAACUAAAUGUCUUAUAAGAGCUCGACAACGUAGUUUGAGAUUGUUACGUGCUACAAAUCUAUCUGAAUUUAAUAGAAUUACAUCUGCUUUGAAAAUUGUUCGUUAUGAACAUGUGGAUCCUUAUCGAUUAUGUACCGAUGAUCCGAUUGUUCAACGUAAAAUUUCUUUUCGGAAUGAAUGUUAUCAACGACGUAUUACUAAAAUGACUGUAUUCAAAGCAAAACUUAUAUCAUCUGAACAAGAAUUUUAUAUUGAAAAAAAUAAAACAUUAACAAAUUUAUUAGGAGAUUUAACUUUGCUAGUAGAUUCCAAUAAUCCAGAAACUAAACAGAAAGAAGCUGAACAUUUAAUGAAGGAAUUAUUUAAUGAAGUAAUUAAAGAACGUCAAUUAAAUAGUUUACGUAAACCAAUUGAAGAUCGAUUUUUAUGGUAUACUAAAGAAGGUGAAAAACGUGAACAAUUUAAUGCAGAAAAAGCAAGAAAAUUAGAAAAACAACAACGUAAACUAAGAAAAUAG